AUGGAGCGAAAAUUGCGUGGCAUAUGCCUUUGUGACCAGAUAAACAAUCAAACUGACCGUCAGAUGCGUAACAUGCAGGAUAAUACCAUCGAGAAGGUAAAAUCCAGUGGACACGGCACGUUGCUGUGCUCAUCGGCAAUUCAGUGUCACAGUGGUAUGGGCGGGAAACAAAAGACCACUCGAACCGCCUUCGAACAGUGCCGUACAUACAUCGGAAAUCAUUGGCGAUACAUACCGGGUAGCCCAAGCGUUCAUGCUUUUUGCAGUAUUCCGUGCCGCGAUAAGAUCGGCUAG